GAAAAAAACAGUCAUAUUCACGAGUCCUAUAGAUAAUUAAUCAAAUUAAUCAAACACUUGGUGGUCAUGGAUUUUACCUUAUAAAAAUGGACAUUAUAGCCUUUAAUGGACUCAAAAAAGGAGGUGGGGGAGCCUUUACAUUAAAUUUAUGUCAUAUCCACACAGACUUUGCAUUUCCCACUUCCCAAAUUACGAGAAGAAUUCCCAUCAAUCUUCCAUCAACCAAAAGACAAGAUUUUGAAGCAAAAAAGGAAGAAGCUUGAAGGGUAGUAUUUUAAUGGGUGGGAUUCAUAGCAAGAACAGAAAGAAGAACAUGUUUGAGAAAGAUGUUAAAGGGUUGAAGGAAAAGAUAAGGUUUAUCCAAGAGGAAAUGAAUGAGAUUAUGUAUGAAAGAGAGAAAGAAGGCGUAGUAUAUGAGAGAGAAAUGAUGGUUUUUGCUUUCAAAGAAGCAGAGUGGAAGCAAGAGAGGAAGAAGCUGAGGGAAGAGGUUAAGAUACUGAAGAAGAUGGUGGAAGAGAAAGAGGAGAGAAUUAAGGGAAUGGAAGAUGGGAUUGUAUCAAUGGAGGGAGAGAAGAUGAGAAAUGGGAAAGAAUUGGGUUUGUUGGGGAACAGCUUCUUGGUUGAGCAAAUGAGAGAGGAGAGAGCAAGAAGAGAUGAAACUGUUGAGAAAUGGAAGCAGCUCUAUUUGGCCAUUAAAGUUGAGCUUGAUGACCUUAUUCAGAGGACUCACCGUGAUGGAUUGUAUUGGAAAGAAGAGGAAGAAGAUAUUGCAGAGGAGCUUAAAGCAGAGCUACAAGCCAAAGAGGAGACAAUCAAAGCCUUGGAAUCUAAAUUGGGUUCAAUGGAGAAUGAACUGUACAACAAAGAAAGAGAGGUUGAUAUUUUGAGGCAAAGCUUGAGAAUCAUGACCAGCAAGAAAGUGAUUCAAACCAAGGAUCUACUCAAGAAUUAUCAGCCCAAAACGUUACCAAGUGCAUAGAAAACUGGCAAAUGUAUGAUGAUCAAAGUUGCAUCUUCAAUGCAACAAAAACUACAAUUAUUUAUAAAUGAAAACAAUUUAUCCUUUUUUAA